AUGCCGUCUCAGCCGCUCAACCGCCCGCGAGGCCUGUCCCGCCCGGCACCGCCCUCGCGCCUCAUGAGCUCGCGCGCCCAGGAGGUGUCGCUCCAGGAGGAGAACCUGCCCGAGACCGAGGACUGGGAGCCCGUCAACGGCGAGCCCGAACUCGCCCUCGCCGACAUCCAGGGCGCCAUCGUCAAGUGGGAGGAGGAGCUCAAGGUCCGCGGCAGGGAGAUUAGCGGGAGGACCAUCGUCGUCACGCACUCGCUCCCCUAUGUCUGCACCCUGCACAAGACGGCGUCGCACUCGACCAAGCUCGACUCGAGCAUCCUCCCCGACCUCGGCGAGGAGUCCGUCUUCGGCUCUGGCGCCGUCACGCCGAGCGAGAUGCCGCAGGGCGACCCGAUGCUCCGCGCCCGUGCCGUCCACUCGCCCAUGAACCAGAACCAGACGCUCCACAAGCACAAGAUGCCGCCCUCGUCCUUCCCCGACCCGAGCAAGUCGCUCCGGCCCUCGUUCCACCCGGCACUGCCGCCCUCGCGCGCCGCGAGCCCCGACCCCGAGUCGCUGCGCUCGUCGUCGCACACGCCGGCGCCGGGCGCCAUCAAGCCGCAGCAGACGCACCGCUGGGUCCUCCACCCUCGUCGCGGCCACGCCGCGCUCAACUCGGGCCUCAAGAGCCUCAAGGACCGCCCGCUCGUCGUCGUCGGUCGCCCGGACGACCUCAUGGACGCCGACGGCGAGCUCCUCGGCCAGAACGCGCUCAGCGACGACGCCAAGAAGGACCUCGAGAAGGGCCUCAAGAGCAUGUCGAACGAGGGCGCCGAGGGCAUCGGCUGCGUCCCGGUCUGGCUCGACGACAAGCUCCACCACAGCUUCUACGAGGGCAUGUGCAAGGAGUACCUGUGGCCCAUCUUCCACUACCUGUCGCUCCCGGACAACAUCUCGAAGAAGUCGGAGCAGGCGGCGUGGGACGCCUACUUCGAGACGAACAUGGUUUACGCCAAGCGCGUCGCGAGCGUGUACAAGCCGGGCGACCUCGUCUGGAUCCACGACUACCACCUCCUCCUCGUGCCGCAAAUGCUGCGCGAGCUCCUCCAGGACCAGAACCCGUCCAUCUCGCUCUUCCUCCACUGCCCGUUCCCGUCGUCCGAGUUCUUCCGCUGCCUCCCGCGGCGCGAGGAGCUCCUCGACGGCAUGCUCGGGUGCAACCUCGUGUGCUUCCAGACGCACUCGUACGCGCGCCACUUCCUGUCGUCGUGCGUGCGCGUCAACGGGUACGAGGCGCGCGCGAGCGGCGUCGACGUCAAGGGCCGCAUCGUGCACCUCGCCAACUGCCCGAUCGGCAUCGACGUCGACAACGUCGAGCACGACCGCCAGCAGCCGGGCGUCGUCCCCAAGGUCGAGGCGCUGCGGCGCCUGUACGCCGGCAAGAAGAUCAUCGUCGCCCGCGACAAGCUCGACCCGACCAAGGGCGUCCUCCCCAAGCUGCGCGCAUUCGAGCGGUUCCUGCACGACUACCCCGAGUGGGCCAACAAGGUCCUCCUCAUGCAGGUGACGAGCCCGAGCCCGGGCGACUCGCCGGCGCUCGCGUCCAAGGUCGGCGAGCUCGUCGACCAGAUCAAUGGCACCUACGGCUCGCUCGAGUUCCAGCCCGUGCACCACUACCACCAGACGAUCGAGCGCGACGAGUACUUUGCGCUCCUGUCAGUCGCCGACCUCGCCCUCAUCACGUCGCGCCGCGACGGCAUGAACACGACCGCGAUGGAGUACAUCAUCUGCCAGGCCGAGGCCAAGGGUCCGCUCAUCGUGAGCGAGUUCACGGGCGUGUCGGCCGUCCUCAACCAGGCGAUCAAGAUCAACCCGUGGGACCUCGGCGGCGUCGCGCGCGCCAUCGACUCGUGCCUCACCAUGUCGCUCGACGAGCGCACGGCGCGCCACAGCGUCCUGCACCGCGCCGUCACGACCCAGACGGCGGCCGUGUGGGCCCACACCAACGUCCUCAAGCUCCUCGAGUCGCUCCAGGACGAGCAGGCGACGCAGAACACGCCCGAGCUCGACGAGGACGUCGUCGUCCACAAGUACACCCAGUCCAAGCGCCGCCUCUUGAUGUUCGACUACGACGGCACCCUGACGCCCAUCGUCAAGGACCCGUCGGCGGCGACGCCGUCGCCCGUCCUCCUGUCGUCGCUCGAGACGCUCGCGAGCGACCCCAAGAACAUCGUCUACAUCAUCUCGGGCCGCGACGGCGCCUUCCUCGAGGAGCACCUCGGCCACAUCCCCAACCUCGGCAUGAGCGCCGAGCACGGCUGCUUCCUGCGCGCGCCCGGCGCCCAGCAGUGGAUCAGCCUCACCGACGACCUCAACAUGGACUGGAAGACCGACGUCGUCCGCAUCUUCCGCUACUACGAGGCUCGCACGCAGGGCGCGUUCGUCGAGAAGAAGGUUUCGAGCGUCACGUUCCACUACCGCAACGCCGACCCGGUCUUUGGCCUCUUCCAGGCCAAGGAGUGCCAGGCCAUGCUCGAGAGCAUGCAGGAGAGCCUCCCGAUCGACGUCCUCGUCGGCAAGAAGAACGUCGAGGUGCGCCCGGCCCACACCAACAAGGGCGAGAUCGUCCGUCGCCUCCUGUACCAGCACCCGGACGCCGAGUUCUGCAUGUGCGCCGGCGACGACAAGACCGACGAGGACAUGUUCCACUCGAUGGCCCGCAUCUUCAGCAACUACACCCCGGGCGCGACCAAGACGCUCAUCUCGCCGCCCGACUCGUUCACGCUCUUCCCCUCGCUCGCCAAGACGGUCAAGCAGGACGCGUCCGAAAGCGGCGCCGUCCCGGACAACCUCAACGAGCCGGUCGAGAGCCACCUCGACCCGAGCGCGACGUUCAUGAUCGCCAUCGAGGCCAAGGAGACGGCCGGCGCCAAGAUGACGAUGGCCAACGCCGUCCUCGAGAGCCCGGCAGCCAUGAUCUCGCUCCUCGAGCGCCUCGCCAAGGUCACCAAGCAAGCGUGA